CCUAUAUUGUCUGUCUUGAUAUUUAGUGGGAUUGGUCGGAAUUGGCCCUGGGCAUCAGGAGGCAGCAGUAUCCUAGCAGAAUUUGGAACUCUGCACUUGGAAUUUAUCCAUUUAACAGAGAUAUCCGGAAACCCAGUUUUUGCUGAGAAGGUAAUGAAUAUUCGAAAAGUGUUAAAUCGACUCGAUAAACCCCAAGGACUAUACCCAAACUACCUAAACCCAAGCAGUGGACAGUGGGGACAACAUCACGUGUCUGUAGGAGGACUUGGCGAUAGCUUCUAUGAAUAUCUGCUAAAGGCAUGGCUUAUGUCGGAGAAGACCGAUGAAGAAGCCAAGAAGUUAUAUUAUGAUGCUGUUCAGGCCAUUGAGACUCAUUUAAUUCGUAAAUCUAGUAAUGGCUUGACCUACAUUGCCGAGUGGAAAGGUGGUCUUCUCGAACAUAAAAUGGGCCAUUUAACAUGUUUUGCUGGUGGCAUGUUUGCUCUUGGGGCUGAUGGUGCACCAAAUGAUAAAACAGGACAUCAUAUAGAAUUGGCUGCAGAGAUUGCACGGACCUGUCAUGAGUCCUAUGAUCGCACAGCAAUGAAGUUGGGACCAGAAGCUUUUAGGUUUGAUGGGGGAGUUGAAGCUAUUGCUACCAGACAAAAUGAAAAAUAUUAUAUUUUGCGACCAGAGGUGAUUGAAACUUAUAUGUACAUGUGGAGAUUCACACAUGACCCAAAAUACAGGCAGUGGGGCUGGGAAGCAGUAGAGGCUUUAGAAAAAUUCUGCCACGUAGAAGCAGGCUAUUCUGGAGUCAGAGAUGUUUACGCUAUACACCCAAGCCAUGAUGAUGUGCAGCAAAGUUUUUUCCUUGCAGAGACACUCAAAUAUCUCUACUUAUUAUUUUCGGACGAUGAGCUUCUACCAUUAGAACAUUGGAUUUUCAACACUGAGGCGCAUCCAUUGCCCAUCAACCGAAAAACUGACAGAACGAUAGAAGGCUUGGCUAAAUAA